AGGAAUAAUACAUAACAAAAGCAAAAUAUUUAAGCAUAACCAAUCAUUGCACCUAAAUAAAUACAGUUCAAUAAAAAGAAAUCCCACAAAGCUUCUUUCUCUCUUCGAACUCUUUAAGAUUAUUUAAAACAAUAUUUUAAGAUGGUGUAGCAUAUCAAUUUUCAUCCAAAACACCUGCUGUUUUCACAAUUGUCCCAUCACCCACUAUAUAACCGUGAAUGAUUUUACGAAUCGGCAUCAAUCAGGAAAGCUGCGUCGAACAUGAAGAUUCCAGCAAUAUUCGUCACGUCUCUGCUGGUCUGGGGAUUGGCCGAGGGCCGCGUGAUUAAUCAGUCCCUGAAGUCGAACGUGGAUAUUCAAGGAGCAGCAGGACAAGUCGGCGAUGGAUCUGACGUGUUUGGCUCCUCCAUAGAAAACGCCCUAAAAGUUGCUCGAGCGUCUGAGAACGUGGGCCUGAAUCUGGAAUUGAACGCAGGCGCGCGUGCUGCCAGUGUUGCCGCUGCUGCCCAGUCCAAGAAUACAGAGGCUGCGGAAGCAGGAGCAAACGCCGCUCUGGCUGCCGCCAUUGCCAAACGGGAGGAAGCGAUUAAAGCCAGCGAGAUAGCAAGCCAGUUAUUGACCAAUGCAGCAAAGGCGGCAGAGGCAACUGUAUCGGCAACGAAGAGGGCAGCACAAUUGACGGCUGCGGCGAAAGAAGCAACCAGAGCUUCUGCAGCUGCUGCUGAAGCUGCCACGGAGGCCCAGGUAAAGGCUAACGCCGAUUCGAUCAUCACGAAACGGGCUGCGAUUGCCGAGGCUCAAGCUGCAGCGGAAGCUCAAGUUAAGGCAGCAAUCGCCAGGAAAGCUCAAGUAGCAGCUGCCACGGAAUCCGAGGCCACAAAACUCGCGGCCGAAGCCGCAGUGGCAUUAACAAACGCAGAAGUCGCCGUGAACCAAGCUAGGAAUGCACAGGCAACCGCCUCGACUCAAGCUUCCGCGGCUGUUAGGGUAGAUUCUCAAGCAGCGAAUGCUGAAGCAGCCGCUGUAGCACAAGCCGAAACUCUCUUGGUUACAGCAGAAGCUGUCGCAGCUGCGGAGGCUGAGGCUGCGAGCAAAGCCGCCUCACUAGCAAAAAAGAUCGUCGAUGAGAAAAAGAUACGUAUCCCAACGCUUCUCGUCAUAUGCUUGCUCGGCAUAUCGGGCUUGGUGCACGCAGGCGUCGAGGAAUUCAAGGCAACCGAGGAGGUGAUCGGCAAAAAGUUAGAAGUCGACCUGUUGAAAAAUGUGGACACUAGCGCGAAACGAAAAGAGAACGGCGCCCCAGUGCUCGGCAAAAACAUAUUCAAAUCCCUGGAGAAGAUCAAGGCGUCGGCAGGCGCGGAUGCUAAAACAUCAGCCGUGGUGAAAGCGUCCGCUCUGGCUCUUGCAGAGGCCUAUUUGCGAGCGUCUGCAUUGUCAGCCGCCGCUUCAGCCAAAGCAGCCGCUGCCCUGAAGAAUGCGCAACAAGCGCAAUUAGUCGCCCAGGAGAAAGCUUUGGCCGCGUUGAAAGCUCAGUCCGAGGAAGAGGCAGCUUCUGCUCGUGCGAACGCAGCAGCCGCCGCGACACAGUCGGCAGUGGAACGCGCUCAAGCCUCCUCCAGGAUAGCAAUGGCCGCCCAAGAUGUAGCCAGCGACUUGCAAAAACGGACCAGUACCAAGGCCGCGGCUGAAGCCGCUGCUACCCUCAGGCAAUCACAGGACGCAGAACAAACCAAAUGGAAUGCCAAAUCUGCCUUGGAAGCCUCCGCCGCUGCAGCUGCCGCAGAAACGACGACUACUGCCUCUUCGGAGGCCGCUAGCGCCGCCGCCAAAAAGGCAGCCGCGAUAGCUUCUGACGCGGAUGGCGCGGAAAGGUCGGCAUCUACCGAGGCACAAUCAGCUGCGAAGAUCGAAAGUGUAGCAGCCGCCGAAGGAUCCGCCAACUCGGCCUCUGAAGAUUCCCACGCCGCGCAAUUGGAAGCUUCUGCCGCGGCGAGAGCCAACGUGGCCGCAGCUAUCGGGGAUGGAGCGAUUUCAGGACUUGGACAGGACGCGGGUGCCGCGGCUCAGUUGCUUGCACAGGCGAAGGCAUUGGCCGAACACCAAUGUUUUCACAAUUGUGAAUGUCGAUAUAAAACGAGGAAAUCCUGCUUGAAUCGGCAUCAAUUUUGCGAAGCAGCCUCGAAGAUGAAGAUCCCAUCCAUACUCACGGUUUCCCUGCUGAUCUGGGGUUUGGCAAGCGGCGCAAGCGAAGAGGUGGAGGUACGGGACAAGACCAAGACCUCGACAGCGGUGAAAAGCGAGAAAGUGGAAGUCGUUGUUCCCGCUAAGGAUGAACUUAAAUUAACGAGCGAGCCCAUCCUUGGAAGAAGAGUGGGAACUGGAGCAUCCGAGGUGGCAUCUAGCAGCGGUGAAGCCAUCGCGAUAAGUCUUGGAGCAGGGCAGGCAGCGGCAGAGUCUCAGGCCGUGGCCGCCUCGCAAUCCAAAACGGCAGCAAACGCCGCCAUAAACGCAAGCGAGCUUGCCAACAAGGUUGCUGCUCUAGUUGCUGGCGCGACUGCGGCACAGGCGAGAGCGGCCGCCGCCUCCUCGGGCGCAUUGAAGGCCAGCUUGGCGACCGAAGAAUCGGCGGAAGAGGCCGAGGCGGCCGUGGCUGCCGCCAAGGCUGCCGCGGAAAAGGCUGAAUCCCUGGCGAGAAAUCUCGCGUCGGCGAGCGCUCGCGCGGCUCUCUCGUCGGAAAAAGCAAACGAAUUGGCUCAAGCUGAGAGCGCGGCAGCGGCCGAAGCGCAGGCCAAAACAGCCGCCGCCGCCAAAGCAGCGGAAAUCGCUCUUAAGGUCGCCGAUAUAGCGGUGAAAGCGGAAGCGGACGCAGCAGCUGCCGCCGUGGCAGCUGCAAAGGCAAGAGCCGUAGCAGACGCGGCCGCUGCCCGUGCUGCAGCCGUGAACGCCAUCGCCAAAGCGGAAGAGGAGGCCUCGGCCCAAGCAGAGAACCCCGCCGGUGUUUUGCAAGCCGCCGCCUCCGCCGCGGCGGAAUCGCGAGCCGCUGCAGCGACCGCCGCUGCGACUUCGGAGGCAGCGGCUGAAGCUGGCCCGUUAGCAGGGGAGUUGAAACCGCCGCAAUGGAAACGGGUUCCUGUGAAGAAGGAAGAAUGGCAAACGUCGACGAAGGAAGAAUGGAAAGCGACAAAUGAAGAAUGGGAGCCGGUGGCGAAGUAAAAGGGCGCGAAGUGGCGAGGUCGGCAACACAGUUGCAUGAAAGAAAUUAGACAUCUUUAAGGCAGAGUAUAUUGUAAAGUAGAGGAUACGAGAGAUAACGCGCAUACGAGAGAUGAUUAAAAGAUACAUUUAUUAAAUACGAAUCGAAAUUGUACGGAUGACAUUAUUAAACUGUUGUAGCAAAUCAA